AUGGCUGCUGCGUAUAAAAAUUUUCCUUUUGAGGUCCGCGAAAUUGACUCUGCACACGUUGUUGAAUUGAAAGACUAUUUUGAGGGUCCUUUUGGUACAUGUGAAGUGCGAUGCGGACACGAUGGCUACUCCUUCAUUCGCGAAUAUGAGAAAAUCGCAACGGAUAUAUACCAUAUGGAGGUGAGACCAGAGGAUACCUUUGUACUCACCUUUCCUAAAUCAGGCACAACCUGGACGCAAGAACUAGUAUGGUUAAUUGCAAACGAUUUUGACUAUCAAAAGGCACUUGAAAUUCCACUCGUUGUAAGAUUCCCCUUUUUAGAAUCGGCGAUGUUUCUAAACUCGGAUGUCAUGGCGCUCCUGUCACAGGACAGCAAGCUGCAAGAAGCGGCCAUGAUAAUACCAACCGUGGAGGAUAUCACGCUUAUGCCCUCCCCGCGUUUCAUGAAAUCACACAUACCUAUGUCGCUUCUGCCGCCGAAGCUUCUGGAGACUUGCAAGGUGGUUUACGUGGCCCGCGACCCGAGAGACGUCGCGGUGUCGUUCUACCAUCACGACAAAUUGCUCAAAAGCAACAAAGAUAACAGCGAUUUUAAAACUUAUUGGAACUUUUUCACGAGGAACUUACUCAUUUACACACCCCACUUUUCGCAUAUCAAAAAGGCAUGGGAUGUUCGUGAUCAUCCUAAUAUGCUUUUCUUGUUCUAUGAAGAGCUUUCUAAGGAUUUGGCGGCUUGCGCGCGUCGUGUAGCAAAGUUCCUUGGCAAACGCGUCACGGAUGAAGAGAUAAACAAGCUGUGUGAUCAUCUUAAUAUCAAGAACUUUAAAAAGAAUAAAUCGGUAAACUUAGAGGAUAUGAAGGAGCUCGGAUUUUUGAACAAAAAGGAAAGUUUCAUUAGGAAAGGAAAGGUCGGUGGAUGGAGGGACUACUUCGAUGAAGAGAUGACCAUAGAAGCCGAACGCUGGAUAAAAGAGAACUUACAGGGAACCGACUUUCGUUUCCCCCAAACAGAUUUUUUAACU